UGCAAAAAACCCCAACAACAAACAAACAAAAAAAAAAAACAAUCGCACACUUAUCAAAGCAUUAUGUAAAGACAGCAAAGAAACACUGCAAGUAAAAUAUUCUUACAUGCAAAUGAAAAUACAAUACGUCAUGGUUCCGUAGACGAAAUUGAUAUUAACCAGUUUUAACAAUAGUUGAAUAAGCAUUGUAAUUAAAUAGUAGCUGUAUUGACAUGUUUUACAUACUUCCUUUUAUGGAGUUUUGACAUAGAAUCAUCUUUUGGGUGGGACUUAAAAACCGUGUAUCUCUUAACCAGUCAUGUAAAAUGUUCACAUUAAGUCCACUCUUUUAUUUAUAGUUGUCACAUUAUAAAUAGAUACAUUAACAGAAGUUUUAAAUGGGUAAAGAAAUCUUGCUUAAAUGAGUUACCAAACAAAGUCCCUCUUAAGGACUUUUAUGAAUUUCUAGAGUUUGACUGAGGUGCACUUUCAUAUACAACCCUAGGACUUUUACUUUGAAAAGCUUGGGGGCGAAUCACCGGAAAACAUAACUGAAAUCGUUUUAAGAAUUGUUUUUUGUGAAUAAGAAAAUAUUAUCUUGGAGUUAUUUCAUUUUUAUUGCUUGUAAUAUAAUGAUUAUAUCAAAUAAUACAGCAAAGAUCAUGUUCAUGUUAUAGGUUUUAAUAAUUUUGAGACACUGCGGGGCUUUUGAUAAGCGCCAUCUUUGUUCGGGGCAACUAUGCCGAAAAGUUGUUCUGCAUAUAAUUGCACAAAUAGGUACAAUAACAAAAAUCCCGAAAUCACGUUCCACAGGUUCCCUUUCAGUAAACCAUCGGUUCUCAAACAAUGGUUAGAGAACAUUGGACGUGACGACUUUCAGCCAAGGAAGCAUAUGGUUAUCUGCUCACUUCAUUUCACCCCAGAUUGUUUCAGUGGUUUGGGCAACCGUAAAAAUCUCUUGUGGAACGCAGUGCCAACUCUCUUUGCAGUCCCACCUCAGGAUACAAAGCAAAAUAAUUGUAGGAAGAGGCUGAAGAGAGCUUUAAAAUCUGCUGCUGAUAAAUGGGACGACACUGCACCUGACAGGAUGCCUCCUUUCACUGAGGAUACUCAAACUGAGGAGAUGCAUGAGGAUGCUCAAUACUCUCACGGCAGUGAAGAGGCUUACUGUCAAACCACAAAAGAUUUAGCUGUCACGGACCACACCUAUGCUCUUUUGGACCCAUGCACGACUAAAGCCCGUUUGUUUAAUGUUUUAGAUGCCAACAGCUGGCUACAGAAAAGGUUGCAGACCAAAUGCAGAUUGAUAAAAAGAAUGAAAGUCAAACUGCAAGAUGCUCAAAGAGAACUUCUGACUUUACGUCGACAGCUCAGAUAUAGACAUUCACAGCUCCCAAUUUAAUGGGGAAGUGGCUUCAAGACCUAGUCAAGCAGUAAUGGAGACCUCGGGUUGCACAAACAUCUUUGAACUUUAAAGCAGCCUGAAAUGUGUUCAACAAAUAUAUUUCUUGAAAAGCAGCAAAAGUGACAAGUUUUUUCUUUAAUUGGACAGAUACGUCCUAUUAAAACUUAAAUUUACUGUGCUUUGGUUUUGACUUGUGUGAAAGAUUUUCUGCCCAAAGAAUUUUUAGGAGAACAUUUAUAGAAUAAAUGGUAACAUUUUACAGUAAGGUCCCUUUCAUUAAUCUUUGUUAACAUUAGUUAAUAAAAAUAUAAAAGUUAAUUGCUAGUACAAGUAAAAGUUAAAUGCAGGUCCAUCACAUAUUAACAGAUAAAAACUAGUUAACUG